GGAACAGCUUACCAGCUGAAAGUGGAAUUUCUCUCAAAGCCAGAUCCGUUCAGCCUCCGUUAUCCUCGUUUUGAAUUUUUUGUUCUCAACCCGCUCAAAGAAACAUGAAGAGCUUUUUGUUGUUGUUGGCCUGCUUUGCGGCGCUGGCGGUGGCCGAUGUGAAGCAUCUGACGGACCGGAAUCUGGAUCUGUUUAAGUACGAUCCCAGCGAUAUCUACACCCUGCCGGAGGACAUUGACGACGACAAGCCGGCGGUGCACUUCAGCGGCGAUGUGAUGAAGGCCAAGACCGAGAAGCUGCAGAACUACAAUUCCGGCAAGAAGUUCAAGUUGGAACUGAAGACGCAGAACGGCAUUGAGGUGAGCAGCGUGGGAAAACUGAAGGACGACAAGACCUUUGUGGUCAGUGGGUCGUACUCCUUCACCGGCGCCGAUGGCAAGCGCUACAAGACCCGCUACACGGCCGACGAGUUCGGCUACCAUCCCAUCACCGAACUGGAUCUGGACAUUCCCGAGCCCCAGCCCCUGGUCGCAGCUGGCCAGAGGCCCGCCGUGGAUGCCAGCAGUCUGUUGGGCAACAAGAACCGCUUCCAGUUCCUCCAGCAGAGCCUCAACCCUGAGCAGGCCGGUCCCCUGCGCGGCAGCGGCCAGAGCGGCGACGACUACAGCUACACGCCCCAGAAGGAUGGGGCCAACGGCCCGCUCUUCAGCUCCCCCAACCUCGGUGGCCAGCAGACACAGUCCAGCGACUACUACGGCAAUGCUAAUGGAGCCUUCGGCAAUGGCAAUGGCAAUGGAUUCGGCAAUGGAUUUGGCAACGGAAAUGGAUUUGGAAAUGGAAACGGCAAUGGAUUCGGCAACGUGAAUGAGUAUGGAAACGGCUAUGAUUACCAGGCACCCAAAGUGCCGUUGGUGACGCCAUCGCGCCAGUACCUGCCCGUAGCAUAGGUAUCCACCCGAAUCCCCCUCCCCAGUCCCAGUCCCAGUCCCGCUCCCCUGCGCCCCCGCUUACAGCUGCAAGUAUUUAGGUUUAAGUGCAACUCCAACAGGAACCACACAUCCAACAACAACAACCAGAGUAAAAAGAUAGUGAAAUUUUGUUUUUGUUUGUAUCAUUUUUUAGUGUUAUAUACAAUGCACAAUAUUGUAUGAUA